AUGUCCAAGGAAGAAGUGUCAAUUGUGUUGAAGAUGGAUUCCUUGCCACCGAACGAUCCCAACCGCAACCAGCCCGGAGCUCCUGCCAAGGAUGUUCCUCAUGACGGAAGCCCUCGCAACCGACGAGGCGUCAAUGCCCGCGGCGAAAUGGAAGUCUUUGGUGACAUGAGCGACGGAAACGUGGUGGUCGUCAUGUUCCUGGUGGGUGUGGCGAGCUGGUUUCUGCGCGAACGGUGUGUCUGCUAA